CUUAGCGGCUGGCGGGAGCAAGAUGGCUGGAGAGGGGCUAAUGAUGAAAACUCAGUUUCCUGCAUCUGUUGAAUCUCAAAAAGCCCGGCUGAAAAAAGAGUUUCCUAUUUUAGAGAAGCAGAACUGGUUGAUACAUCUCCAUUAUAUCCAGAAGGAUUAUGAAGCAUGCAAGGCUGUUAUCAAAGAAGAGCUUCAUGAGACUCAGGGGUUGUGUGAAUAUGCUAUCUAUGUCCAAGCAUUGAUAUUUCGCCUGGAAGGAAAUAUCCAAGAAUCUCUAGAACUGUUUCAGACAUGUGCUAUUCUCAGCCCUCAGUGUGCUGACAAUCUCAAGCAGGUGGCCAGAUCUUUAUUUCUUUUGGGAAAACACAAAGCUGCCAUCGAAGUAUAUAACGAAGCAGCUAAACUUAACCAGAAAGAUUGGGAGAUUUGUCAUAAUCUAGGAGUUUGCUACAUUUAUCUGAAGCAGUUCAACAAGGCACAAGACCAGUUGAACAAUGCCCUACAGCUUAACAGGCAUGAUCUGACUUACAUAAUGCUGGGAAAGAUCCACUUACUGCAGGGAGACUUGGACAAGGCCAUCGAAAUCUACAAGAAAGCAGUGGAGUUCUCACCAGAAAAUACAGAACUUCUUACAACGUUAGGAUUACUCUACUUACAGCUUGGCAUUUACCAGAAGGCAUUUGAACAUCUUGGAAAUGCACUGACUUAUGACCCAACCAACUACAAGGCCAUCUUGGCAGCAGGCAGCAUGAUGCAGACUCAUGGGGACUUUGAUGUUGCCCUGACCAAAUACAGAGUCGUAGCUUGUGCUGUGCCAGAAAGUCCUCCACUUUGGAAUAACAUUGGAAUGUGUUUCUUUGGCAAGAAAAAAUACGUGGCAGCUAUCAGCUGCCUGAAACGAGCAAACUACUUGGCACCCUUCGAUUGGAAGAUUCUUUAUAAUCUGGGGCUGGUCCAUUUGACCAUGCAGCAACAUGCAUCAGCUUUCCAUUUCCUCAGUGCGGCCAUCAAUUUCCAGCCAAAGAUGGGGGAGCUCUACAUGCUCUUGGCUGUGGCUCUGACCAAUCUGGAAGAUACAGACAAUGCCAAGAGAGCCUACGCAGAAGCAGUCCGCCUGGAUAAGUGCAACCCUUUAGUAAACCUCAACUAUGCUGUGCUGCUGUACAACCAGGGAGACAAGCGGGGUGCCCUGGCCCAGUAUCAGGAAAUGGAAAAGAAAGUCAGCCUACUCAAGGAGAGUAGCUCUCUGGAAUUUGACUCUGAGAUGGUGGAGAUGGCCCAGAAAUUGGGAGCUGCUCUCCAGGUUGGGGAGGCACUGGUCUGGACUAAACCAGUUAAAGAUCCCAAAUCAAAGCACCGGACCACUUCAACCAGCAAACUUUCCAGUUUCCAGCAGCCUCUGGGUUCUAACCAAGCUCUAGGACAGGCAAUGUCUUCAGCAGCUGCAUAUGGGAAGCUCCCCUCAGGUGCAGGAGGACCAUCCCAGCUCACAAAGCCACCAUCUCUUCCUCUGGAGCCAGAGCCCACGGUGGAAGCAAGUCCAGCUGAAACUGUUUUUUCAACUGAAGCAUCAGAACAAAUAAGAGAAAAACAGGAGUAGGAUGGCUCCAGAGUAGGGGUUUCUUUGGUGAGGAUAUACUGGAUUAGGAAAGGUCAUAUGACAGAGGCAGAGUAGAGCCAGCACUAUUCUCUGGAAACCACAGAAUCAAAACACAGGGUGUGUUUUGAUGAUCCAGAGGAGCUUAUGGAGGAACCUGAGGUCUAUGUAGCCCCCCACUGACCCUGUCAGCCAGGAAAGAGAGAGAAGAUAGCCCAGGUGAAUCCUUUAGGAACUGUGAGGGAGGGUUGUGCACCUCUGUGUGUCAUUCCAAGAGCCAGCAGCACACAUGGAAGUGUUUGAUUUCAAAACGACUUUUAUCUCCUGGUUGACUUCCUUUGUGCAAGGAAAGGCUGAGAGAGACCUCUGCUCAGUAGCCCCGUAAUGGCAAAACCUUGGCUAAGCUGAAGCUUUGGGGCUAUAUUGGCCCCCAACAUAAACACAAAUCUUGGAUUAAUUAUCUGGCUCUAAGAGCCUGGAUGAUGAAACAAAAGCUCUGUAAAUCGAGGCCAGCCUGGUGAGUACCCCAGCUGUAUCUGCCCAUAGGAAAUCAAGAAUAAGUCCCUAUAUUUUGUUCUUGAGUCUAGAGCCAGAUCAUGUCAGUGUGAUAAUAAGUAGGAACCAAGGGCUGGUCUGGUAUCAGCACCAGGGUUUAAAACAACAAAUAAGUAGCAAAAAAGAGCUUUUAACUGAGGCAGUUUUAUCUAAUACAAUCAAUGUAACCACUGACCAAAUGCUGUCAAUACAUUAUCCAUAUGCCCUUUUUAGAAUGAAGAGUAUGUAUUAUUAUUAUUCCUUUGGGAAAAGUUAUUUUUCUUUCUGAAUAAGAACUUGCAAUAAAAACUUUUUGAAACUAGA